GAUUUUUAUCAGAUCAACCAACACACCUAAAUUACCCGUAGAAUUUUGGUGCUUAGCUUUCUCUGCCAUUCGCUCCCGGUAUUUCCUUUUCUAUGAUUUUUUUAAUAUAUUUUUUAUUCCCCAUUUUCUCUUUUGAAUGUUAACCUUUUGCAGAUCUAUAUGGAAGGUGAUGAUCAAGAAAAAGCUUCCCAACCCAACAAUGGAGAUGGAGAUAAUGACACAAGGGAUGGAAGAGUUUUUCCUUGCUUAUUCUGUCCAAGAAAGUUUAGAAGUUCUCAAGCCUUGGGGGGUCACCAGAAUGCUCACAAGAAAGAACGGAGCCUUGCUAGAAAGGCUAAAAGAGCGGCAUCUCAUGAAAAUGCCUCAAACUAUCCAGGAGUAGGUAUUUUUCACCACCCUCCAAUGUUCAUUGCCCCACAUGGUAACAAUUUUGCAUAUUUCUCACAUACUCAUGGCAAGUUUGGAUCAAGUUUGCCUCACUUUGAUCACAAUCAUACAUUCAGUGUGGCUAAUGAUUGUCGACCCUGCAAAGAGCAAAGUCUUUUGAAUUGGGAAAGAAGUAAAAGAAUAGAAGGUGCCUCUCGACAUCAAACGGUGAAGGAUAGUAGCGAAGUAUACAACGGAAUUACAGAUCAUAUGGAUGGUGAUAAAGACCAAAAGGUUGAUCUAUCCCUCCAUUUGUGAGAAGGGUCAUGUUGAUUGGGGAGAGAUAAUUUUUGCUGUACUGCAUUUUUUUGGCGUUUUUAUUUUACAUGCCUUGUGGUAGGUCUCUUUUUCCUACACUAAGCAUUUAUGAUAAGAAAACAGUAUUGCUAUA